AAAUCUGAAAUGUUUCUACCCCAUUUCCAUUAUAAAUACGGCUAUCUGAUCUCGACCAUUAAUAAUAACCUCAAUAGGUUCUAAAAUUUGACGCAAAGCUUCCCAUUCCUCGACUUAGCUACUACAAUAUACUCCAAUCAACAUGUAUUUUCUUUGUCAUCUCUUGGCGCUGUUAGUUUCUUGGUUCUUAGCCCUUUUUGUUGCUCGUAAAUACAAAAUAAGAAACAAAUCAAAUACAGACAAUGAAAUGUCAGCACCUAAAGCUCCAGGUGCGUGGCCCUUCAUAGGUCACCUCCAUCUGCUUAGUGGCCAGCUUCCCGUUUGUCGAACCCUUGGAAUCAUGGCUGAUAAAUAUGGUCCCAUUUUUCAACUGCAGCUUGGAUCCCAUCCAGCUCUUGUUGUCAGUAGUUGGGAAAUGGUUAAAGAUUGCUUCACAGCUGCCAAUGACAAAAUAUUUGCAAGUCGACCAAACAUUGCGCUAAGCAAGUACUUAGGUUACAAUGGUGCCCUUUUCGCUUUGGCUCCUUAUGGAUCAUAUUGGCGCAACAUACGUAAGAUGGUGACUCUUGAACUUCUAACUAACAGUCGCCUUGAGAAGCUGAAGCACGUCCGUACGUCAGAAGUGAAUUGUUGUAUUAAAGAAUUGUACUUUAAUUGUAAUAAUAGUAAUAAUCUUCCAGCACAAGUGAACCUAAGUAGCUGGUUUGAGAACAUAACUUGCAACAUAAUCAUCAGAAUGCUUGCUGGAAAGCGAUUUACUGGAUCCACAGAGGAAAUGCAUUUCAAAGAAUCUAUUAAGAAAGUGUUGUUCCUCGGUGGAACUUUUGUUUUUUCUGAUUCCAUUCCUUCGCUUGAAUGGAUGGAUAUCGGUGGGCACAUUAAAGCCAUGAAACAGACCUUUAAGGAAGUUGAUAGUGUCUUUGAUAGCUGGUUAAAAGAACACAUUCAGAAAAGAAAAGAUUGUCAUUCUAUUGGAGACCAAUCUGAUUUUAUUGAUGUCAUGCUUUCCACUCUUCCUGAGGAAACCAUGGAGUCUGGAUACUCCCGUGAAGCCAUUAUCAAGGCAACAACUUUGAUACUUAUAAUGACGGCAUCAGAGAGCACUGCGGAGACAUUAAUAUGGGCACUAUCUUUGCUAAUGAAUGACACUCAGUCAUUGAAAUUAGCCCAAGAUGAGCUAGACGUCCACGUAGGGAGAAACAGAUGGGUUGAAGAGUCUGACAUCAAGAACCUGCCAUAUUUGCAAGCCAUCGUAAAAGAAACGUUACGUCUCUACCCACCUGGUCCUUUAUCAGGGCCUCGAGAGGCCAUCGAAGAUUGUUAUGUCAGUAAGUAUCAUAUUAAAAAGGGCACUCGUUUGAUUGUUAACUUGUGGAAGCUUCAACGAGACUCGAGAAUCUGGGAAGAUCCCGAUGAGUUUAAACCGGAGAGAUGGUUCUUGAAGGAACAUAAAAACAUUAAUUUUAGAGGACAGAAUUUUGAGUAUAUUCCUUUUAGCUCUGGAAGAAGAAUGUGCCCUGGCUUGAUGUUUGGCACCCAAGUAGUGCAUUUGACGCUAGCCAAAUUACUUCAUGGAUACAAUAUUUCAAUGCCAAGGGAGGAAUCGGUAGAUUUAAGUGAGGGCUUAGGCAUUGCCUUACCUAAACUGAAGCCUCUUCAACUACUUAUUUCUCCCAGACUGGCUGUGGAACUCUACCAAAUUCUUUGAACAAAGAAUAUGCUGGUUGAGUGUGAUGGGUAUUCUUAGUGAAUAUGCAUGUUGAGUGUGAUGAGUAUCUUAGUGCUAUCAAAUCAGUGUUAAAUAUACCGUAUGUUUGCUAUUUUCAGUAA